AUGGCGCAACAGGUUCAGUUGUUGAAAGAGCAGACAGUCCUUCUACAGCAAAACAAGUCACGCCAGGAGAUUGAUUUCCAGCAGUACAAACAAUCACAUGAUGUGCUUAAAGAUGUUGCUCCAUCGCUCAGGCCGGUCCUGUUGCAUUGGCAGAAACAGUUCCGCAAGGAUGUGGAACAUUGGGCAACACAGUGUGAUUUGACAGACAAGUAUUCGCAUCUCGCACAGAGCAGCGAACUCAUGAAGCCUUUUCGAGAAGAGUCGCGACGAAAAUGGCAGUUCCCUCAAGCCUAUCUUGCGGAGGCACAGCACAUUACCGACAUCGACCCAAGUCUUCCCAUGGGCGAGAUCUACAACAUCCAGGAAUCAUGGGCCAGACUACGGUUGAAACACGCACAGGAAUGCCAAGCUUUCGUAGUUGCUCAUCAACAAAAAGCCAAGGAAUUGCUGGAGAACAAGAUUUCUACACGCACAGCUCUACAAGCCGCCACCGAUCAGUGGAAUGCGUGGGCGUUGCAAAAUACGCACCUUUCAACUCCCGCCAGACAUUCCUCGGAGGUUAUGGCGAAACAUUUCGCAGAGAUGUGCAUUCGCGAAGAAAUCCCCAAAGCCAAAGGACGACUUGUAGCAGCAGAGGAAUCACGCAAGAAGAAGCAUGAGGCAAUCUUGAACGCGGAGGCCAAGUACCAGUCCAUGGAUCCACAGCAGCUGUUUGCUUUGCUGGAACUCGACCGGCAUGCAAAGGUGUCUGUUCACAGAGAUGGCACAUCAAGCAAAAGCGUAACCAUAUCCAAGUACAGCGAGCUCGCCGCGCUUGUCAAGAAACUUCCAUCCCUUGCCGACAUGUAUCACAUCAAGUACUCCGAACGUCUUUUCCUAUGUCAGCAUCUUCUACCACUUCAACAGAAACUCCAGUUCGCCGUGAGCAGCAGCUUCCAGUUUUUACAGCGCAUGCCCGUGGUGGUCGACAAAGACUACGAAAUAGCCACAAUUGACAUACAAAAUCUGUACCCAAGCAUCGACACCGAAGACCUUAUUUCUUCGAUCACGGCUCUGCUACACGACUUCUAUUCGGACAAGCCGUUGUUCGCACAAGUUCUCUGCAAUCUUCUUACUUUGGUACUCCGGAAUCAGCUCGUACUGCACAGGGGUGAGUUCUUUGCCGCGUUUGGGAUUGCGACUGGACUCUCACCCGGUGUUUUCCUUGCGAACUUAUAUCUGGAUGCACUUGACAAGGAGGUUGCCGACACACAUGUGGAUCAUUUGGCCUUCUAUGCGAGGAAUCGACUGGAUCAUCAGUUCGAGGGGUGGGCGCUCACACAUAG